CGCGCAGUCCCUGCGUCCACGCUCUCCUCUACCCUCAUCGACGCUUGUUCCCUCCCACCAUGGCGUCUUCGGCUCUUUUGGCGCAGAUUCAAGCAGGAAAGGCUCUCAAAAAGACUGCGACGCAUGACAGGAGUGCUCCUGUUAUUGAUGGCACAAAGAAAGGACCGUCUGCAGGCGGUGGGGGGUUCGCAGCACCACCAGUCAUGCCAUCGGCGUCGAGUGCAUCCUCAGCAAGUGCAGGUCCACCUCAACUAGGAGCUCUGUUUGCUGGCGGGGUACCAAAACUAAAGCCUACGCAAAACAGCCAAGCGAAAUCUUUGAAUCUUGGGAAACCGCCCUCGAUACCAAAGCGCGAGCCAUCUUCUAAUGGUGUACCGACGCCACCUGCGCCUCCUUCGAGACCUUCGCCGGCGCCCCCUCCACCCGGUCGUCCGCCUCCAUCCUCUGCAUCAGCACCUCCUCCAGCACCGCCUAGUAGACCUGUACCAACACUGAGUGCUGCACCACCGGCACCUCCUAGUCGACCUGUUCCGUCUCCGAGGCCUUCUUCACCUCCCGUACGCCCAGCAGCUCCUCAGAUUCCCAGCCGACUAGUCCCUUCACCGACGGUGGUGCGCACACCACCACCACGUCCUGUACCGGCCUCUCAGAUUAGCAGGAUAAAUGCGGAAGAAGCGGCGACGCUGCGCAAGACCCCAUCGCCUCCUCCCCGCCCUUCGUCUGCUGGUCCUCCAAGCCGUUCCGUCCCAGCACCGCCGGCGUUACCUUCAAGACCGCAUCAUGCACCCCCAGCUCCGCCACCACGCAAAGCAGCUCUAUCGACAACUGGGUCAGGCAGACCUGCACCUCCUAAACCUCCGCCUCGACCUGCGUCUGUAGCGUUAGAACUGACGGCGUCAGCACCUGUGACGCCGGCUCGUCCGCCCCCGAAGUUACCUUCUAGAAAACCGGUAAACAGUUCGCCGAGCUUUAGGAGCCCAAGCCCUGCUACGCUUCCUCCGCGACCGCGUGGUCAUUCGCACAGUAGUGAGGCGCCUCCGCCUCCUCGCGGUCCUUCACCUGCUGCAAGAUUUAACGGACCGUCCUCUGUGCCUCCUCCCCCACCUCCUGGACCGUCUCCUGCUGCGCGCAAUGUCCCGCCUCCACCGCCUCCACCUGGUGGUGCACGAAACAGAGUAGCAUCUGGUCCCAGUACUUUAUCGGUUCCGACGCCGCCAGCGCUUCCACCUGGGCGCCGGUCUCCCUCUCUUGGCAAUAUUGUCGCCGGAAGUCCGAUCCCUAAUGGCGGAACCCCGGCUUUUCGAUCGAAUGCUAAAAUUCCUCCACCGCCAGCGGAAUCUGGUGCUCACAAGUUCGCAAUUACCGGCUUCCCCGUGCCACGCACGAUGGAGAAGGGCGAAAAGAAGUACGGGAGUGGGAGACAACGAGGGUGCGACUUCGACCUAGACUCAUUGUGAUUUUUCUUCUGUUCCUAGCCUAGUGCUGCCGUUCCUCAAUAUUAUUUACUCUGCACUACCGUACUUGAUUGUCACUCUGGACUUUAUGC